CCAUCUGAUCACUUCUCUUUCAUUUUCUUCUUUUUCAUUUUGCUCUCAAACACUGUUGUUACUUCCUCACACUCUCCCACCGGUGCCACUCCAUACCAACAUUUUCACCAUCUUUUUUCCGGUAAGAUCACCGGAAAAUCUUUAGGAACUUCUAAGCGCCUGCACAUUUUUUAUUUGAGAUUUAAACAUGGCACCAAAGUCUGCCCCGACUGCACCUGUCAAUACAAUUCUUUGGGACCCAAACAAUUAUUUGGAUUGGAGUCUUCAAGUGAAAACCAGAUUGACAAAUCAACAGCUCUGGGACAUUGUGGAAGGAACCAAUGAACCACCCAAAGCAGAAAAUGAUGAAAUUGCUUUUAAGGCUUGGUCCGAAAAGAAUGCCAUGGCUUUACAGGUGAUCCGGUAUUCAUGCGGAUGGCCUUUUAAUUCGGCGAUUGGGAAGAUUACUUCGGCCAAAAACGCUUGGGAUACUUUGGCAGCAAUAUGUGCACUCUACAAAACCAGUUUCAUAGCUUUAAACAUGGUAUCAAUGUCUACCCCGACUGCAGCUGGUUUUAAACGUCUUGAGGACAUAGACAAUUAUAUGGAUUGGAGUAUUCAAGUGAAAACCAAAUUGACAGAUCGACAGCUCUGGGACAUUGUGGAAGGAACUGAUGAACUUCUCAAAGCAGAAUUGAAAAUUGUGGAAGGAACUGAUGAACUGAUGAACUGA